CGCCAUAGAUGUAACCAGUAACCAGUGCGGACCACAGCAAUUGUUUAUCUAAAGGCUCACCAAUUAGAAAACAGACCCUCUAGUGUGCCGGCGCGUGGAGCGUUGAGUGCGCCCCAAAUAUAAAUAGAAACCUCUGACUAUCAGCCACAUAUGUCAGGCCACGGCCACCACUACGUCACAGAAAGUGGUGAGCAUGCUGCUGCUCAAGGAGCUGACGCGUUUAACAACGCAGCACCGAACCUUCUACUGCUAUAUGUUUCUCAGCAUAUGGAUAUUUCUGCUCAUAGCUGGCAUGUACCGCUAUAUGGGCAAUAGUGAGAAUAGCGGCUCCUUGGGCAGCGGCUAUGGGCACUCAGGCACUAUCAGCUCCGGCAGCGGCAGCUCUGGAGGUGCAAGCUCUGAAGCAGCACACCGCUUCAUGAAAUAUCGGGAGCGUUGCGGGCCGCUGCUGACGCGCAUCGAAGAUGGUGGCAUACUAGAGGGUUGGAAGCUUCAGGGCGUCCUGCUGGUUAUUCGGCACGGAGAUCGUGGACCAAUGUCUCAUGUCCGCACAAAUGGUGUACACUGUGGCGUGGCUAGCGAUAAUCUGGUCAACAGAUAUCGCAGUUUUCUUUACAACUCGAGCAGCUCGGCUUCGGGCUCGAAUCAUAUGUAUUGGAACAAAGUGGGUCCAUUUCAUGGCUUUCCAUUGCUGCCAGCUACGGAGCGCGCUUGUCUAUUGGGGCAAUUGACUUACAAGGGCAUCUCUCAGCUUCUGCAUGUGGGCGAUAUAAUGCAUCAAAUCUAUGCCCACCCAUUGGGUUUGCUGUUGAAAUCCAAUCCCAAUAAGCUGGGGGGCAGCGCGCAGGAAUCCACACCGCACACACUCCUCAAUUCGGACGAGGUAGUGGUAUAUACGACCCGAUAUCGGCGCACCUUCCAAUCGGCACUGGCCCUGCUGUUCUCCUUCUUGCCCCCCGACAAAUGGCUGUCUGUGAAUGUGCGUGAGUCGCACAGCAUGGCCUUCUGCUUUAGCGACUGCAGUUGUGCUCAGUCGAUGCUGCUGCGAAAGGGCUUGGCGGACAUGGGUGAUCGGGAGCUGAAGAAGCGUCCGGAUGUGCUGGGUGUCAUGCAGUGGAUCGGUGGUACUUUGCUGCAGCAUACACCCAACGGUAUUACGAAUCCGUUUGAGGUGCUGGAUGCCAUGCUGACGGUUAUCUGCCAUGAUGCCGCCCUGCCCUGUCGAAAGCAGAAGAUACGCGGUAAUGAUGCUCAGGCAGCAAGCACACACAAGGCUCAGGAACUGGUCGAUGUCAUCAAUAUCGAUCAGGACGAUACGGUGGCUAAUUUGAUGGAUGUUGGAGGUGGGGCUGGAGCAGGCGCAGUGGCUGACGUCGCAGAUUCCAGUGAGGGAGAUGGAAAUGCGGCCUCUGAGCAUCCAGGACCCAUUGAGGGCUGCGUAGAGGCUCCGCAUGUGGAGACCCUCAUGUCCUUUGUGGAUGUGCUGUCGCAGCGUACGGCAGAUCAUGCGUUCUACAAGCGAACUGGACUCCUCAAGGCAUAUGGAUUGAUUCGUCACAUUGUCAGCUAUAUUCUGAAAAUGAUCUCCGGGGAUCGCACCAAAUUUGUCCUUUAUUCUGGACAUGAUACCACUAUGCAAUACUUGACGGCUGCCUUGGGUAUUCAUGCGGGCUAUACCAUACCAUAUGCCUCCCGAUUGGCCUUUGAAGUCUAUAGCAGUGAGAGUGAGGCGCAUACGGAUUACUAUUUUCGAGUUGUCUACAACGGCAAGGAUGUCACACAACAGAUUGAUUUUUGUGAGGGAGGGAAAAGUUUACGCGUCACACGCGAUAGUCGUGGCAAUAAAGCCGAUCUCUGUCCCAUCGAGAACAUCAUCAGAUUUCUGCACGAGGACUACUUUGCGCCCGUCAAUGCCACCAAUUUUAAGGAUGCCUGCGCCACAGGCACGCCAAAAGCGAAUGAGUUCUAACCCAGUUCACUAUCUUGCUUUGUUUUCUUUUUCUGCAAACUGUGAUAAAAUGUAGUUAAGUCAACGGUUGCCUAAAUAGGUAACGUAAUAUCAACUAACCAAACAUAUCAAAGCGACUUGAAAUCGCACACAGGGCACACACAUACGAGUAUAGUAUACAUAUAUAAGAAAUGUAUGCCUGUGCCUCAAUUUACAAACUUAAAAAUUUAAUAUAUCUAUAGCAGAAAUCUAGUGUAAUUAAAUUCGUCUAUCCUAGGCCUGAGACGAAAACGAUACAUAUCGGGGAAUGCUACCAAUGCAUCCCCACACUUAGCUUAAGUUACGAACGAGAUCCCUUGCGGAACUCGCAGCGAUCAUAUAACAUAUAGUACAUAUCAGCACAAAUCCGUGCAAAUACCUAACGUUUAUGCAUAUCUUAUUUGCGUUUGUUAAUAACAAAGUAUUCCAGAUUUAUUGAAAUUUGAAUAAAUGUGCCCAAAAUGUAAAAGAAAA